AUGACAGCCGCAAGUAUAUUUCGCAGGAGCGCUGAUGAGUCCAUCGCUCACCUUCGCUCAUUGAUAUCUCCAUACGCUUUGUCUCGCCGGUCAAAGCUUCCUCCGUCGCUGGUCAACUGGCAAAUUUGUGACCCAAUAAUGGACAAAUUAAACCUACUGGCCUACAAAAAAACCACGAUAAUAGACAUGAAUCCAAAUCUGGGAGUCUUCUCAGCAGCGCUGCAUGAACGCUUACAACCGAAGCAGCACAUAUUGCUAGAGCCUGAGGAAUUUUAUGGAGAUCGGAUGAGGGAAUUUCAAAAAACGUACAAAAACUCCUGGUAUAUUCCGUUAGACGGCUAUGACUGGAACACCUACAACCAAUUAUUCUCCGACAACCCACCGCCACCUCCGUGGCCGGACAAUUUCCCCAAACCAAGGAUCCAAGCCACGACUUCUCCUGACGACGUCAAUAGUGAUUUACUGUUCGUCGGACAUAUGGGUAAAUCGGAGAAGAGCGAGAGAUUAAUAGCUCAAUUCAUCAAUUGUUGUGCCUUGGGAACUUGGAUUCAACAGUAUGGACGUGUACGCUUUUUAUUAUGGGUGCCAGACUCAAUAAAGGAUAGAUACCUACCUCGGAGUAUCGCUUCGAGAGCAAGGCCCGCUGCAUCGGCGGAGGCAGUAGUUGACAUCACCGAGGUCGCAUCAUCAAAUGUGAUCCGCACAGGAAGGGGUUUCCAAAAACUUCCGGAGAUAAACCCGGAUAAUGUUGAAGUGGAGGAAAAGAGGCUCACAUCAAUCAAACCACAGGAAAGAAAGGUAAAGAUUAAGAAGAAGUUGGUGAUUAGGCAGAAAAUGGUGGAGGAUGAAAUCAAAAAAUUAGUGGCUGAGCUAUGCCCAGGAUUGACCCCAACGACCCGCGGCCGCCCAAAGAAACUGCCAAGCAAGGAGCAGAAAAAACUGGAGGAGACAAGAGCCAGGGUCCGCGAGCUCGUUGAAGCAAUCCGCAAUGAGGAGCCAAUACUGCCAGCGAGUAUCCCAUGCAAGGAACGCGUGACAGUGCUCAACAGAUGCGACGAGAUCCGGAGAAGGUUCGAACAUAAAAAGGGAGCAGAGGAAGAAGCUGAGAAAAUUCCGGAGAAGGAAAACAAGCGGAAAUGGAAGUUAAGAGUGCCGAGGGCCCCUGGCCGCCCACGAAAGCUCCCCAAACAAGGCGAACCCCCAUCGAUAGCACAGAUAGAAGCGAUCGAGGACAAGAUAAUGAAUUAUCAAGGACUCUGGAUCCAAGGCAUGGAACACCCGCCCUGGUACUACAAGAAUGAUAAGGCGGAAAUUCGAAAACUUGCCCUCGAGAUGGCUACGCUUCACCCUGCCCUCGGUGUUGAUCCGAAACAAGUGCUUCAGCCAGAGGAUGUUUACGAAACCGCUAUGGGAGCGGGCGGCAGCCCACCCAACGGGGACGCUGCUGUCCAAGAACCAAGCGCCACCUCCGCCAGCGAGACAAAUUGGUCCUCACAGCAGCCCGGCAAGACCGAUAGCAUGGGCGGGAAGGGAGACAAAGACACGGCCGAGGUAUGGGAGGAAUACGCAGAGCGGUGGGCCCGCAGACACGAAGUUAAAGCCCGAGCACAAAGCCGAGACGACGAAAUCUAUGCCGUUCGCAACAGACUCUUGAAUAUCCACAAUCGGGAAUAUGAACCUUUACCCAUCAAACCCGCGGAAGAUUUUUUCCCCGACAUCCCGAUGAGCCUCCUAGAGAUAACCCCUAAAAAACCCCACCCCUUCUUCUCUGUGCCCAACGCGCACGAGCGCGAAAAUAACUGGCUAAUUUUUGUAUGGCUCUUACGCCACCUCUUCGUCCUCCGCGCCAGUAGCAUCCUCAACGCGCUUCGUAGUCUCGCCCCGGGCGCGGAGAACAUACUGGAGCACCUGCCCGCCGACGAGAGAAUUCCGCCAAGCAAGAGGGUGAGGUGUCUGGGGACGAUCGAAUUGGUGAAUCUCGCGAUGGCGUGGAAGCGGUGGCCGUUUAAGGAUCCUGACACCCAAUUUCAGCACAUCGAGGAGGGGGUGGGGGAGAGAAACCGGUUCUAUUGAGGGGAUUGUAAUUAUAGGAGGAGGGUGAAUAUGGGACGGAAUGAGAUGGGCUGGGUUGGAUUGGGUUGAUUGCGGGAUGCUCUGUUCUGACUGCUUUGUCAUAUAUAUGCUUGUGCUUAUAAGUGGGGACUGGCGACGAGCGGUUGACUGUGAAUGCCUGUGGGAGCCCAUGUAUAUGACACUAUGGGAUAGGUAUAUAUAUAUCAUACUAUGAUUUUUAUUUUUA